AUUCUCACUCAAGUCACAGCUUCAGCAGCAAGAGCAAGCAAGCCAUAUAAAAAUAGCUGCCUCCAGUCCCCGACCCUGAAAGUCUGUUAGAUUAGGGUCUAUUCUUUCCCAUAGAGGUGAACAGCCGAUUGCAUGAUAUUUACAACACGUGCUUCCGCAUGCUUUCCUAAAGCUGACUGUUUAGUUUGGAUGUGUGGCAGGAUGGAGGUCAUUGGGAUAAAGAUCAUGAGCUCUGGACUUAGCUCUCUGUGUCUCUCUUUGUCUCUCUCUGUCUCAAUCUCUAGCUCUUCUCACUCUCACUGCAAGUGAUGCACUGACUAAGGACCAGCAAUUUGGGCCUUCUAGUGUAGCUAUACUGCAUGUUGUGGGUCUCUUCUUUUGGCUUUCGUGUGCGCAUAGACAGAAGUAAUAAUAAAUACUCUUUAUUGCAUAUACAGUAUCUCUCUCUCUCUCUCUCUCUCUCUCUCGCUGUCUCACUCUCUUUACCCCUUCUCUGUGUGUGUGUGUGUGUGUGUGUGUGUGUACAGUGCGUGCGUGAGUGCGUGCGCGCGCGCGUCCUGACUCGUUCAUUGGUGCGCUCUUUGGACGUGUCAUAACUUUUGGUGGAUUACCCCAGUUUUUGUUCAGCCUCUGGCACACACCGGUCUCCACAGUCACUUCACCUCUGAGCGACAGCAUCACUUUUUCUUUUUCUUCUCCUUCAAAGCCCCACAUUCUUGUGAAUGCCAAAGGACCGAUUCCAAAAUGUGUUCAUCUUCGGCCCCGGUCUCUUUUUUCUAUCCUGCUGUGUGGGCAUACCUGUGUGCUGAUGGGUGGCGCGGCAUUGUUUUCACCUGGCUCGUUUUGCUCAGCGCACUCGUGCCCGAGGGCCUAGGCGCGGUGACCGGCUGCACGACGUGUGGUGUUCACCAAAUGGACAAGGGCUCCGAGGCGCAGUUCCUCAUCGAACUGGCCAAAAAGCAGAUCCUGAGCAAACUGCACCUGCGCGAGAGACCCAACAUUACGCAGACGCUGCCGCGCGCCGCGCUCGCCACUGCCCUGCGCAAACUGAAUGCGGGACGCGUCCGGGGGGACGGGACAGUGGAGCUGGAGAACAACCUGGCGAGCGCACAGCAAACAGACCAGUCGUACGAGAUUGUCAGUUUCGCUAACAUAGAUGAUGCCAUUGGGACCAGCUCUAUCUUGUCCUUCCAAUUUCUGCAGGAGCAAGGUCAAAGCAUCCAGGUGCUGCAAUCCUCCCUGUGGGUAUAUGUUCGCCCAGCCAACAGUCCCCUUCCAGCAGGCAGAGUCUCUGCUCAGGUGUACUUGUCAGACACGAGCAGUGGCAACCGAACCCUCCUGCUCCAGCGCAACAUUGAGAUAUCACGGGGUGGGUGGCAGACCUUUCCCAUCACCCGCACCAUGCAGGCCUUCUUGGAUGGUGGGCAGGAGCAUUUGCAGCUGGAAGUGCUUUGCGAGGUGGAAGGCCAAGACCUGUGCAGCCAGAGUAGUGCUGAUGUAUCCCAAAGGUCCUACCUGGUGGCACAGGUGCAGCUUCGUGAUGAUGACCCCAAGCAUACAUUGAGCAAGCGCUCUCUGAGCUGUGGUGAUGACGUCAGUGUCUGUUGCAAGAAAGACUUCUACAUCAAGUUCCAGGACAUCCAGUGGCAGGACUGGAUCAUUGCUCCUGAGGGCUACCACAUGAACUACUGUAUGGGCCAGUGCCCACAGCACCUGGCCGGCUCACCAGGCAUUGCUUCUUCCUUCCAUGCCACAGUGUUCAGCCAGCUGAAAGCCAAUGGCAUUCACACAGCUGUCUCGUCCUGCUGUGUUCCCAUCCAGAGACGUCCACUCUCCAUGGUCUAUUUUAACUCACAGCACAGCAUUGUAAAGAUUGAUGUACCUGAUAUGAUCGUGGAGUCCUGUGGGUGCACAUAAACCCAUAAGGAGUGUUAGAGUCAAGUUCAUGUUGCAGAAAGACACUUUUACCAUAAAGGUUCUGAGAUUGUAAACACACAUUCAAAUACCCAUGGAAACAUAUGUGCAGUAAUAAUAUAAAGCAACCCAACAGAACAGAGUUUUUUUUAUAAAUCAUUCUGUUCUUUUUCCAUUCAAAUCACCUAUAUAUACUGAACUGACACCUCUAAAGCAAUUAUAGAGAGGCUUUAAGUCCUUUCACUGUACUGUUUGAUUAGUUUUCAUCUGAGGCCACUGGCCUGACCUCUGCCUGGUUACCCAAUGAGAUGGGUAAACAUUUAAUUAUUGCCACAUGCUAAAAUGAAGGUCUAAGAAGACAUGGUGGUAAAUGGAAUAGUGAUGUCUGCUGGCUAUUGGAUUGUAAGGCUUAGAUAUUAUGUCUGAAUCUGCAUUCCAGACGAAACAUCUGUUUUACCAAAGUUCUCAAAUCUUUUUUAUGUACUGUUUUUGUUACGUUUAGCAUUUGCAAAUGGUGUAUGUGUGUGUAUGUGUGUUUGUGCUGUCUGUGCAUGUAUGAUAUAGAUGUCUUUUUACUUUUUAUUAACUUAAGACUUGUUCUUUAGACAUGUUACUGUUGUUUAGAUAUUGUUAAGCUUUUUAGACUUUUCACAAACCAUGGAAGUCAAAGAGAACAUUUCCCUAUGGUUCAAAACAAGUUUUCUUAUGAUUGAUUGUUAAAGCACUUCCUGUCCUAAAAUAUAUUAGCUUGGGAAUGUUUCAGGGUUAUGGCAUCAUCAUUUGCUUCAUAUUCCAUGUUUACACAUCUCUUGAUUUCACCAUCAUGGCCACAGAAAAAGAACAAAGUCUUUUUAAUGGCAGGCUUAUGUAACUUCUGCCUUUAUAACGUCUAUGUUUGAAUUAAACACUUGUAGGAUUUCCAGGAAAGCUUUUUUUCAUGUUUGAGGCUGCACUUUAUCUGUCAAAAUGUAAUAAUAUAAUGCUUAGUUUUAGAUGCUUUAUUUUGUUUGUUUGCUUGUUUUUUAAAGAUUCACAUGCAUACUGUUUUUUUUUUUUUUUAGUAUUACACAGUAGUAAAUACACAGUAACUUAUGUCUAAAUGCCAAUACUACGAGUUCUCAGAAAAGUCAUUUUUAAUAUAAUUUAUAUAAUUUUGUAACAAUGUACUAUUUUCCUAAAGUAUUCUAUUUUGAUAAUCUUGUACUCUACAGUGUAAUUUUAUAGAUUUUUUUCUAUUUCAAAGAAAUAAAUAUUUAACCUAUUAAAUGAAAUGGUUUAUUAGCGGUUUUUCUUUUAUAUUCAAUCUUGAAUCUGAUAGCCCAUAUCUUCACCCCAUAUUUGUCAUAUGACCCCAUAUUUUUGUCAUUUGAAAAAAAAAGAGCCUAGCCCAGAGGUUGAGCCAGAUGCAUCAGUUUGGGUUACAAAAACUAAUGAACACAUCAAUAUUUUAAAUGUUAAAACAGAUUCAUAAAAUAUUAAUUUGUUUAGUUCAUAUCUGUAUAUGCUCUGUCACUGAUUUUGAACCCUUUAAAAUCAAUAAUGUCUGAAAGGCAAAGAGUGUGUUUGCUUGGGCAAACACCUGAAUUAGUUUUUCUAUGAACCAUCUAUAUUUGUCAAGUAAACAUUCAUCUUUUUUUUCAAGGCCUAAACCUACUAUGAAAUUUAUUAAAAACUUUAAGAACUUAUUGUAUUUUUAUAUUCACAGUCUACUGAACACUACAAUUUUUUACUAUUUAAUUAUUUAAUGAUAAGCUGUGCAAAAAUGUGACAUCCAAAACAUUUAUAAUGAACCUAUUAUCAGAAUUUGCUACAAAAACUGAACAAAUUGCAUAGUUCUGUAAUCAGAAUUAGAUAUCUAUUAAUUGGGAUGUAAUAAUUGUUGCAUAUUGUAAUGUGCAGUAAGUGGAUAAAGAAGGACACAAUUGCAUAAAAUUAAUGUAGUGUUUAUUAAUGACUG